AGGUCCGCACCUUUUCCGGUAGCACAGAGCCGCUGCAACUCAGCGACUGAAAAAAGAGAGGCAAGAGCGGGGUGGAUAUACCAGGGGAACGGGGGGCCACCGGCAGGUAACUGGAUAUUUUUGUAAACAGAAGGCCUAACGAUACAGAGAUAUUGAAAUGCGUGCAGUGGAACUAAUCAAAAUUGGAGAAGAGAAGAAGCUCUCGACUGAAUCAAUGACCUUUGGAAUUACGGAGGUUCCGGCGUUUUCAUUUCCAAUAAAAGUGAAUGUGACUCGGCACGAGGUUGUACCAAGGAGCCGCUGAAAAUCGCAACCACCGCGCCGGCAUUUGCUGAUCGAAACAAGGACGCGAGAAGAGACCUCGAAUCGGACGCAGACCAGGAGGAAGUCAGAAGUACCGCAGGCUUUCUAGAGGGCCUGUUCGGAAUCCUUGCAUUUUUUUUUCAACCAAAGCACUCUUUCUUUUAUGCUUCCAAGUUCAAUUAAAACAACCAGGAGCCAUUUCGACUUCGUAUUAGUUUGUUUAUAGAUCGUUAAAGACUUCUGGUGAAUAUCUGAGGGCAGGGCCAAACAGUUUGUGUGGAUAUCGGGGCACUCCGCUUGGAUUUGAAAUAAUUUAGGCUAACUGGAUUGCUAGCCAUCUUCCACACCUCGUUUCUUCGCGAUUUCAGCAACUGGAUUUUUUUGUGAAACCUUCGUCUUAUGACUGGCAACUUUAAAUAAAACAUACGACAUUCUGACGUUCUUACAACUUUUAAAUGAUUCCAUGCCACAUUGCUGGAAACCUACAUUCGUUUGCAAAAGUCAGAGUUUGUGUUGUAACGUUAGCUAGCUAUCAUAGCUGUCUACAUAUUUGUCAGUGAACUAUCGAACAGACGAUACCACAUGGCUUAGUGCACAUCUCCGCUGAUAGCUAGUUAGGUUGUUUCAUUUGUUUGGAAUAUUGAUUGUCAUUUGCCGGCACGGUUUCGUGAAAUAGUGAACGGUUUGCUUUAAGCAAGACAUUGCACUGUUGGCGUGUGGAAGAACGUGAAAAGAAAGGAAAACAAGGACAACCCCACUUUUCUCAAAGGACGUGGAUAUUUAUGCACUAUUUACAAGAUGGGGAAAAUGCUGUCAAAAAUCUUUGGAAACAAGGAGAUGAGAAUAUUGAUGCUUGGACUUGAUGCCGCCGGCAAAACCACCAUCCUUUAUAAACUGAAACUGGGACAGUCUGUCACCACAAUUCCUACCGUUGGCUUCAACGUGGAAACUGUCUCCUAUAAAAACGUGAAAUUCAACGUGUGGGAUGUCGGGGGGCAGGAUAAGAUCCGGCCCCUAUGGCGGCACUACUAUACGGGGACCCAGGGGUUAAUCUUCGUGGUGGAUUGUGCGGAUAGAGAUCGGAUAGACGAAGCAAGACAAGAGCUGCACCGCAUCAUUAAUGACCGGGAGAUGAGAGAUGCCAUCAUCUUGAUUUUUGCCAAUAAACAAGACCUGCCCGAUGCUAUGAAGCCGCACGAAAUCCAGGAAAAAUUGGGGUUGACCCGCAUCAGAGAUAGGAAUUGGUAUGUGCAGCCCUCCUGUGCCACUACCGGUGAUGGACUAUACGAGGGGCUGACUUGGCUAACUUCAAAUUACAAGUCUUAAUGAUUGAAUGACUGAUUAGAACAAGCAGAAAAAGGCAAUUAACAAAUAACAUGGCUUCUCAGAAGAGUAUAUAAUAAAGAGAAGUUUGAUUAUAUUUCCCUUUCUUUUGACUAUGAUGACCCCUAUAAUUAAUCAUUUUUCUUUAAGCAGUCCAGAUUUGGUUGGCUGUCUUUAGUUUGCUUUUGCUCUGUAGUACGCUUGAAACAUUCUUUUAAUAAUUAUCUUGACUGGAGAUAUAUUCCAUAAGCGACUUAGACCUUUUACUGCAGAUGAUGCCCAUUUUUGUAUAAUUUCUCUUGGUGGUGCAGGGAUUUUCAGAUCAUCUUUUUUCCUUUUGUUCUUAUUUUGGAACAGGACAUGCUCAUGCCUUAUAGCUACCAUACACCAGCCUAAAGAAUGAUAUCAUUGAAGGCCUUGGGUGGGUGCUUAGGAAGCCAUAAGGUAUAUCUAAACUUUCUUAGAAUAUUUUCUCUGGAAAUUGAAUCAAAAGGCCAAGAUCUUGUGUGCUAAGCUUAUUUGGAAAGCCACUGUGUAUUGAAAAAGUUUGAAGACAGAUCUGUCAAAGUUGUGAAGUAUUACUGUCAAUACUGUACAAAGUACUACAAAAAAUGCUCAACUUCAGUACUGUUUCAUUCACAUUAAGGUUCCAGCCAUAUUAACAUGGAGUGAUAUUGUGAUGGUCCCUUUGCCACAGUUUUUUUAUGAAUCUAUUUUUACAGAUGAUGUUUCAGCGAGUUGGUAAGCAUUCAUAAUGCACCUCAUUAAUAUGAACAAUUGUCAGUGUAUCCUGAAAUUUCCCUGCUUUGUUCCCAGUGGUGCACCACUAAAGUAAUUGAUGAACGUAAAUAGAGGGACGCAGAUUUUGCUACACUUCUUGAACCUGGGGUCUAACCUGGAUUGGUGUUUAGUACAGGUGUUCUUUGACUCAAAGGAACAGUUUUUAUUGAUCGUAUAUUUUCCGUAACAUAUUGUCCCACCCAAAGCACUUUGAUCCAUUACAUUGGUCCUUAAGGUGUGAGCUUUCAUAUGACAAAUUGAAUUUAGGCAGGUUUGACUUCCAACGAGCAGUUGGACAGUCCUGCUCCUCUGUAAUUAAAUUAUAAAUUCAUGUUUUUGUUUUAUGGUUUUGUUCUAUUGCGAUGCUGAUUUAAAGAAAUAAAAACCUGUACAGAACAAUAUAAUGUAAUUGUAACAAAUCUUAUUAAACUAGCCAUUUUAAGUGUU